CAUACACACACACAGAUAUGGCGACGACAACAUGCCUACUUUCCUCCGCACGGUGUUCUGCAAAGCAUCCCAUCAAUUUUAAAGCACAUGAUCUUAAGACUGCACUCGCAAGUGUUGUCAAGCCACCAACACAAAAACUGAAGAACCCAUCCCUCAAAGUUGAAGCUGUUAAAGCUCUCAAGAUGGUUUCAACCACGAUAUUAGAUACCAUGGUAGAUUUCAUCUUUCAAUUUGUUGACCAACCCAUGAUUCCAUCUCAGAAAAACUUCGCGCCAGUUGAGGAGAUCGGAGAAUUGAUCAAAGUCGAUUGUUUUCAAGGCAAUAUCCCUGAAGAUUUUCCAGAGGGUGUUUACAUUCGAAACGGAUCAAAUCCGUUAUUUGGAGGUUUAAAACUUGCAGUUUCGGUGUUUGGAAAAACGGAUAGUUUGUGGAUUGAAGGAGAAGGGAUGCUUCAUGCCCUACAUUUCAAGAAAGAUGAACAAGGAAAGUGGAGCUUUUACUACAAAAAUAGAUAUGUGGAAACAGAUACAUAUAAGAUGGAAUCAAAAAGGAAGAAACCAGCUUUUCUUCCCAUUGUAGAAGGAGAUCCCUUAGCAACAUUAGCUGCAUCAUUUUUCAAUGUGUUAAGAUUUGGCCAGGAGUACAAAAUCAUGAGUAACACCAAUGUCUUUGAGCAUGGAGGAAAGCAUUAUUCUACUGCUGAGAACUAUAUACCACAAGAGAUAGAUUUAAUUAGCCUUGAAACUUAUGGCAAUUGGAACCCGGGUAGAACUUGGUCUCGACCUUUGACUUCACACCCAAAGAAAACACCAGGAACUGGAGAACUGGUUACAGUAGGGUUUGAGGCAAAAAAACCUUAUUGCAUUGUGGGUAUAGUAUCAGCUGAUGGAAAAGAACUUGUCCACAAAUUGGAUCUGCAACUGGAUCAAUGCUCACUUUUCCAUGAUGUGGGUGUUACAAACAAGUACACCAUAUUGGUUGAUUUUAUGCUCACAUUAAGCCCGGAGAGGGUAAUGAAAGGAGGCUCGUUAUUCAAGUACGAGAGGGAGAAAGAUGCAAGGAUCGCAGUGAUUCCUCGAUACGGUGAUGCAGAUUCGAUUAAGUGGUUUCAUAUCGAACCAUGUGUUUCUUAGAUCAUCUAAUGAACACCUUCGAAGAUGGUGACGAGGUUGUUGUAAGAGGAUGCAAGGCUAAUGCAACCAUUAUUCCAGGCCCUGAAUGGGGGAAGGCUAAAUACGGAGGGCUAGCUAAAUUAUACUUUGAAGAAUCAAAUAAACAAAGAACUCAUGAUGUCAAGUAUCAUUGGUUACCAAAAAAUAACUUCUGCACAGGAUUAGUUUUUGUGGCUAAGCCAGAAUCCACAGAAGAAGAUGAUGGUUGGAUUGUUACAUUUGCUCAUGAUGAAGAGAAUGACACUUCUUAUGUACUAGUAGUUGAUGCUAAGAACUUUGGGGAGGAGCCAAUAGCUAAAAUAAAGCUCCCUCAACGCGUGCCAUAUGGUUUUCAUGGGUCUUUCUUUACAUCCAGAUAAACAGUCACCGGAACCUAUAAAAUGCGGUUGAAGUUGGUCUAUUCAUUGAUGGAAUUCUGUGAAAGGUGAAUACCUGCUAGCAAUAUUAGAUCAAACUGGAUAUGCUUAUACUGUUUAUUUGUCAAUUUCUUUUGAUGUGUGAUCUUCGAUAUGUUUGUGUCCGAAUCUAUUUAUGGAUAAAUGUGAGCCGUUAUCUCUUGAGAUA